CCGCUGCGGGAUACUCCCCAAGUCAGCGGAUCAGGCCACGGGGAGCGGUUGUUUCCGUUUGCGCUCGUGCCGGGUAGGGGCUCGCGCACACAGAGAUGGCAAGGGAAGAGCUGAGGCGGGAAACUGACGUCGCGGCGCCUUCCCGCGUGCAGCGCUGAAGGACUGGGGCCGCGAGAACUUUCCUCUCAGUUUCGGCUUUGAAGCAAGGCCCGUUACAUGGGCGGCAGGUUGGUAUUCUGAAAAAGAUGUUUUUAAAACCUUUUACAUAUCCAGUACCUGAAACAAGGUUUCUUCAUGCAGGCCGAAGUGUAUAUAAACUUAAAAUCAGAUAUGGUAACUUCCUCAGCAGUAAUGAUAUAAACAAUAAUGAAACUACUACCAAGGAACUAGAGGAAGCCAUUCGAGUAAUCAUUGGAAAUCUUGAUAAUUUACAUCCAUUUGCUACAGAACGCUUGACUAUAUUUCCGUAUUUAAGUAAAUGGGAGAGAGUAUCAAAACUGAGAUUCAAACAUGGGGAUACAUUUCUUGCUCCGUAUCCUCAUGUUUGCACUAUGUAUGUUGAACUCAAUUCAUUUCAGCAAAAUAUAUUUGUUGGAAAAGAAGUAAAUAUGGAUGCUUGUUACUUUGUCAAGGAUAGAAUUGAAAUGAUAGAAAAUGUUGAAACAGAAGCAACAGUGAAGUGGAGAAGAGUGGAAGACCCAACAGAAAUUUCAUAUGCAAAGCCAUGUAUGGAUAGAACUAAACCUGAAAAUAUUCACACUGGAAGCAAGUCAAAAGGUGACUUCAGAAUGUCAGAAGAUAUUCAGCAGAAAUAUCAGGAUCCUGCAGCCCUUAGGAAGGACUAUGGCCAUAUGAGUGUAUGGGAACCUGUGGAAUACAACAUCGAACAAAGUACAGAAACCACCCAGAAAGAAGAUAAAAUGCAACUGCAACAGCAAAUCAGCCCCAUUAGAAAUGAAGGAAAUGUGGAGUCAAAAGGAAGAGGUUUCCUAGAGUUAGUGAAAAGGUACUAUAGUAGCUUUAAACCAUCUAGAGAUAUAUUUAUCCACGGCAGGGAACAGGGGCAAUGCCCAUUCAUGAAUUCAUUAUAG